AUGCAGAAGAAUCUUCGGUCCUGUUUCCAUGUGUUGUCGAGAAGGUUUCAUAAGGACGAAACUACGCGUGAGGCUCUCUUGACCCAUCCAAGGGGUUUGAAAGGGUCAGCACAUCGAAUAAAAAAGUAUCACUCUCAAAGACUCAAGCGAACCUAUAUACACACCAUACUCUCCACUGUUAUGGACCCACGUUGUGGAAAACUCGUUCGGUUUGGCCAGUCAAAUCUAUAUCCUUCCAUUCAAAUUCUCACCUUUAUAUGUAUAUCCUCCCUCUUCGUCUUACCUUCCAAACCAAGUUCUCUGUCUAUUUCACACUUACCUCCACUUUCACUUUGCUGCCUUAUAUCUCCUCACUUAAACACCCCCUCUUAG